GGUUUGCGCACGGGCGCGGAGCAUCCCGGGAAGAGUAGUUCACAGCCGGGCACCCCGCACCGCACCCUGAUGCCCUGGCAGCCAGUGGACUCCAUUUCCCGAGGAGCCCCGGGCCACGGACUGGGGGCGAGGGGGCGGGAGCCGCCGUGGCGUCUGUCCACGGGCCGAGCCGUGGGGGGUGCGGGCUCACAGCGAAGCGCCGCGGCGGCCGUGGGCUGGCGUCCGUGUGACCUGGUCAGGGCCAUGUCCGCGUGAGGCAGCUGCCGCCCCCCGACCCCGACCCCGACCCGGCCUGCGCCAGGCUGCUCCGCGCACCAUGGGCUCCAUCCUGAGCCGCCGCAUCGCGGGCGUGGAGGACAUCGACAUCCAGGCCAACUCGGCCUAUCGCUACCCCCCGAAGUCAGGAAACUACUUUGCUUCACACUUCUUCAUGGGAGGCGAGAAGUUUGACACCCCACACCCUGAGGGGUACCUCUUUGGAGAGAACAUGGACCUCAACUUCCUAGGCAGUCGGCCGGUCCAGUUCCCCUAUGUCACUCCUGCGCCCCACGAGCCUGUCAAGACGCUGAGGAGCCUGGUGAACAUCCGCAAGGACUCGCUGCGGCUUGUGAGGUACAAGGAUGACGCUGACAGCCCCACGGAGGACAGCGAGAAGCCACGGGUGCUCUACAGCCUGGAGUUCACCUUCGAUGCCGAUGCCCGCGUGGCUAUCACCAUCUACUGCCAGGCAGCUGAGGAGUUCCUGAAUGGCGUGGCUGUGUACAGCCCCAAGAGCCCUGCUCUGCAAUCAGAGACCGUGCAUUACAAGAGAGGGGUGAGCCAGCAGUUCUCCCUGCCCUCCUUCAAGAUCGACUUCUCCGAGUGGAAGGACGAUGAGUUGAACUUCGACCUGGACCGGGCUGUGUUUCCAGUGGUCAUCCAGGCCGUGGUGGAUGAAGGAGAUGUUGUGGAAGUGACUGGCCAUGCCCACGUGCUCUUGGCAGCCUUUGAGAAGCACAUGGAUGGCAGCUUCUCUGUGAAGCCUCUGAAGCAGAAGCAGAUCGUGGACCGGGUCAGCUACCUGCUGCAGGAGAUCUAUGGCAUUGAGAACAAGAACAACCAGGAGACCAAGCCCGCGGACGAUGAGAACAGUGACAACAGCAACGAGUGUGUGGUGUGUCUGUCUGACCUGCGGGACACACUGAUCCUGCCCUGCCGCCACCUGUGCCUGUGCACCUCGUGCGCCGACACACUGCGCUACCAGGCCAACAACUGCCCCAUCUGCCGGCUACCGUUCCGGGCCCUCCUGCAGAUCCGGGCUGUGCGCAAGAAGCCAGGGGCUCUGUCCCCCAUCUCCUUCAGCCCCGUCUUGGCGCAAAGUGUGGACCACGAGGAACACUCUUGUCCCUUUAAAAAAUCAAAGUCGCACCCCGUCUCCCUGGCCAGCAGGAACCCUAAAAGGGCCACAAGCUCUGACAGCAUCCCGCCUGGCUAUGAGCCCAUCUCCCUGCUCGAGGCGCUCAACGGCCUGAGAGCUGUCUCCCCAGCCAUCCCCUCAGCCCCUCUGUAUGAGGAGAUAACCUACUCGGGCGUCUCGGACGGCGUGUCCCAGGCCAGCUGCCCACUGGCUGGGAUUGAGCGUGUCAUGGAGAGUGGCCACCAGAAGGGCAGGCCACGGGGCGAGUCUCCUGACAGCACCCUGCGGUCCCCAUCAUCCCCCAUCCGUGAAGAGGACGAGAGCAAGCUCUCUGAGGAUGGCAACGCACCCCCCGCGCCAGGCGGGGUGGAACUGGCACUGCGGGAAAGCAGCUCCCCCGAGAGUUUCCUGACGGAAGAGGUGGACGAGUCGCCGCUAAAGCAAGGAAGCCGAGUGCCAUCCAUUGAGGACGUCCUGCAGGAUGGCAGCCCUGAGCACCGUGGCCUUGGCCAGCCAGCCCCGCCUGCCGACAUCUACCUGCCAGGAUGGUCUACCUCCAUAGAGACGCCCCGCAGCCCCGGUGCCUCCAGUGGCCCCUGGGCCCCGCUUGGCUGCACUGUUCCUGACUCCGGGAGCACCGAGCUGACGCCACUCUGAGCCUGACUGUGCUGGCGACUUGGGGGCCCUCAGUGCCCAGAGUGCCAUGGGGCCAGCCUGGAGCCUGGUGUGACCCCAGCUGUCCUGUCUGCAUGCCCAGGUGGACACCAGGCUCUGAGUGCCACAGUGACCCUGACAAGAGAGCACAGUGGCCUGCCUGUACUCUGCCCCCUUUUCUACAGUUGGUUGGUUUUUAUGUGGUUCAAGAUGGACAGCAGCCUUCUCCAGCCCUGCACCUGGCAUGCCCUGUGGCCUGGCAGGGGCUUGGCACAACCAUGGGAAGGGGUAGAUGCCCCAUAAACUUAGCACACCAGCGUGGAGGAGUGAGGUGCCCAAGUCCUUCCUGGGCGGAAGCUGGCGGUGCCUGGGGACAGGCAGAGAAAGAAACAGUGCCUGCCUUCUGCCCUGUGCACGUCACACCCAUGCCACCUGGCUGGCCCUGCUGCUUUCUGCCCUGUUGAGGCUCUCCUGGCCCCAAGGGCCUCCUCACUGUCCCCUGCACUGCCUCUGCCACCUCCCUUGUUUCCAGGCCCCGCGGCUCCUCCUCUGCCAGAGUCCCUUUGUGUUUCUUCUGGUGUGUUCUGUUGGGGGUCCUGCCUCUGUGUGGCUUCUGAGAUGGAACUCCCAGGCAGCAGUGUCCCUCUUCAGGGCCUUGAGCCAACUAGUGUGGGCAGCUCCCAAGGCCCGCCUCCAGGGAGCCCCUGGAGGCAAUCCUGAGGCAGGACGGUUGUAGAGCAGUUCACACUGGUCAUCACUAACGGCCUGGACCUUGGCCGUGAUGCCC